AUGAAGAACAUCUCAGCUGCUCUGGGCUCACCCACAGUGAGCAUCAUUCCCCUGGACUUUGGUAAUGUUGACCUAGUCAACCACGCCCAUGUUGCUAUAGUCGGCGCCGGGCCCCGUGGAACAAGUUCGCUGGAGCGUCUAUGCUCCUCAGCAUCGGAGUUUCUAGGACCGUCCGGAAGGCUUACCGUCCAUGUGGUAGACCCAUCUCCUCCGGGUCCGGGCAUGGUGUGGCGUAGAGACCAGUCAUCCCAACUCCUGAUGAACACGGUCACCUCCCAAGUAACCCUGUUCACAGAUGAUAGCGUUGUCUGCGCCGGACCCAUCCGCCCUGGCCCUAGUCUGCAUGACUGGGCAAAGGAGGCUGAACCAGAUCUAGGGCCAGAUGACUACGCCACACGUUCUCAGUAUGGCGGUUACCUAGAAUGGGUGUUUGGCGAGGUGGUUCGAAGAGCGCCGCCCAAUGUGAAGAUCGAGGUACACUCUGCCCUUGCCGUCCGACUAAAGGAUGCCAUUGACGGCAGUCAGACUCUGACCCUGUCUACCGGCGAGACCUUGUCAGGUCUGGCGGCGGUCAUCCUGGCUCAGGGGCAUCUUCCGCUGCAUAUGGACCCCGAACUGAAGAAGCUCGCCAACUAUGCGUCGGAGAAUAGGCUACGCCACUUCGCCCCCAGUAAUCCGGCCGAUCUUGAUCUUUCCGUCAUCCGGCCCGGGGAGCCCGUCGUGCUCCGCGGCCUGGGCCUCAACUUCUUUGACCACAUGGCUUUGCUGACUACCGGACGCGGCGGACGGUUCACCACCUCGUCCGAAGGCAAGCUCGUCUAUCACGCCUCGGGAAAUGAGCCACACAUGUAUGCUGGCUCGCGUCGAGGGAUCCCUUACCAUGCCCGUGGCGACAACGCGAAAGGCGCCUUCGGUCGUCACAUGCCUUUCGUCUUGACCGAAGACGUUAUUGCAAAAUUCCACAAGCGCGCAAAUGCCGGCAACGCUCCAGACUUCAUGAAGGAGAUCUGGCCACUGGCUGCCAAGGAGGUCGAAGUCGUGUACUAUGAAGCGGUGCUCCGAGCACGACAAAACGGAGUUUCCAUGGCGACUGCGCCUUUCAACUUCCGCCAGCGGUUCCUGGCGGCUCCUCACGAAAGCCGCCAAGAAGCACAGCUCCUCGAGGAAUUUGGAAUUGCCAAGGCCGACAGAUGGUCCUGGGAACGCAUCCAACGGCCACAGGGCAACCGCACGUUCUCCACGGCCGGGGCAUGGAAGACAUGGCUGCUCGGAUACCUGAAAGAGGAUGCCAAGGAGGCGGCCCUGGGCAAUCUGGAUGGCCCUUUGAAGGCGGCUCUUGAUGUGAUGCGCGAUAUACGCAACGAGCUGCGCCUCAUUGUGGAUCAUAACGGUGUAAAAGGGUCAUCGUACAGGGACCACCUGGACCGAUGGUACACGCCGCUCAACGCCUUCUUGUCCAUAGGACCGCCUCGUCAGCGUAUAGAGCAAAUGAUUGCUCUCAUGGAGGCCGGGGUGUUGGAUGUUCUUGGUCCACGGAUGCGGGUACAGGCUGAGGACGGUGUCUGGAUUGCCUCGUCGCCCGAGAUUCCGGAUUGGACUGUGCGAGGCACGACUCUGAUCGAGGCCCGGCUGCCGGAGCCAAACUUGAGGCACACUGCCGAUGAACUCUUGUCCCAUCUGCUCAAGACGGGCCAAUGCAGGCCACACGUCCUGGACGGCUACGAGACGGGGGGCAUCGACAUCACCAACAGCCCCUACCAGAUCGUUGACGCUCAGGGGCGAGCCCAUCCCAGACGGUUUGCCGUUGGCGUACCUACAGAGGGAGUCCAUUGGGUUACGGCUGCGGGAGCUCGUCCAGGCGUGAACUCGGUGACGCUCACAGACACUGAUGCCGUAGCCCGGGCCGCGCUGCAUGCCGCCAGAUCCGAGAUGGACAAGGGUUGCGAACCUGUCAUACAGACGAGUUCGUUGCCAAUGGCUAUUGUGGCUUAA